UUUUUGCUAUUGUGUUUGGCCGGUUCCUCUCGAGCGGCAGCAUCUCUCUAGUCAUUUUCCUUCGGGGAGAGUUUAAAAAAAAAAACAUAAAAAAAAAAACAAGGGCUUCGCCUUCUGGCUUCAUCACUCACCUCGGUCAUUCCAUGAUAUGCGUGCUCUUUGGGCAAGGGAAUGUGUUGAUUGAGGGGCAGAAAAUUUUACCAAUGGCUGAAUGUGCAGCUGUGCUAUCAUGUAUUAAUCUACGCUCGAGGAGAAGCUGCAUCAAGACCAGAGGCAUCAUUUAUAGGACAUAUUCAUAUGAAAAUCGUCAAUGCGUUCAUCUCCCGACAUGGAAAAUGUGCAAGCUUAGCACUUCUGAUGUCUCAAAUUUUAGAGUAAGUCCAUGUCCAAGGGAGAGUGCCUUGAGGUGUAGUUGCUUGGGGACUUUGAUAAAUGUUGAUGGUGCAGCAGCUUCUGAUUGGAUACCUGUCUUUGAUCAAGUGCUCCUCAUGGCUAGUGCGUUUCUCACUUAUAUGGCUGGCGUGGCACCUGCUGAGAAGCCUUGUUUCAAACCUCGAAUAAAUGACUUGGAUGACGGUGUGGUUUCUGAAAACACUAACUUUUCUGGUAGUGCCAUGAAGAAUGGUGAACAAGUGAAAAUGAAGUAUGCUUGGGAUGUAGUGAAAGGGAAACUAAUGGAUUCUCUGAAUGCUAUUGAAUUUGAGGCUAAUUUGGGAAAUAAAGUUAAUGAACUUGAUCAGCACGAGGCAAAGCAACCUUUAAGUUUGCAAGCUGUUGCCAAGGGUCCCAGGUUACGGUUGCUGUGGGCUUCUUUUCAGCAGCUUGAGAAAGAGGUGAAUAAUAUCUCUGGAGACUUGGAUGCUGUUAGUGUGGAUAGCUGGUUGAAAGUUUCAUUUAAAGUUAUUCAAAGUUCUUUUUGGCAUGCAUGCAUUGAUUGGCUAGAGAAGGAGUUUAGUUUAAAAGACAGCCAUCAUGUCAAGGAACUUUUGGGUUCAAUGUUUAAGAAGCUAAAAAUUGAUGAGACCAUAUUACAGAACAUUCAAAAGUCAGGCAAGAAGGAUCUUUAUGCAGAACUACUGUGCUUUCUCAGAUUCAGUUCUCUUAGGAAGGAUUGCUGUUAUGACAAUAGCUUGUUCGUUGUGCAUGGGGUUGCCAUAUUAGAGGAUUUAUUGAUUACCUUAGCAGAUGGAAUUGCGAGCAUUUAUUUAGAGCUUAUUUCUGUUGAUGGGAACAUGCCAAAUGAAAUGAAUAGCCAGAGUCUGAUUUUGUGUACUUUAUCAACACGAGCACUUCAGAGAUUACGUAAUGAGGUGGCAUUGAACCUGUGGCUGCACCAGAACAUUGAUGCAGUUGUAUCGAUGUAUGAGGAUCGGUUUGACCUUUGCACAUUUCAGAGCCAACAGAUUGAGGGUACAAGCCAUAGCCAUCCCCCUAAGUUUAGUUUGUGGGAGAGGCUUACCCAAAAAGAAUCUCAAUCAGCAUCACCUCCAUUUCAUUAUAUUGUGAUCAGGCACUUUUCCAUGCCUGUGAAGCGUACUAGGGAAUUGAGGUCUUUGAAUGGGUGGAGGUACUACUUCAGCCUCUUCCUUGAGCUAUCUGACAUUACAAUGCCAUUGAUUAGGGUUGUAUUUGCAAAAUUCAGAGAUGCGAUCUCAUUCUUUCUAGUUUACCUCAUAGGGAGGUCUUUAGGACUUAUAUACACAGGGAUAAGACAGUCUCUGUGGUGGAAGUGAGAUGUGAAACAAACUUUUUAACUCCCAACUCCGUGGGUGAAGUGAGAUGCAACUGAUAAAAUUUUGUUUUCUAGAUUGUUAUGUUACAACAUUUCUGCAUUUUUUUUGGAAUAAUUAUUCUUGAGAACACGAUGUGUUACAUGGUCAGGCUGAUGCCGUCGUUUUAGUCUGGGACCUCGCUGGCAUUCUUGAAUGAUCAGUUGGCAAAUAUGAAAAUCUCAACUCAGUUUUCGAGGUUAAAAGCUCGGCUCCAAUUGGACUACAACCAAUGGACUUAAAUUCCAGUUCGAGUAGUGCUUAGAUGACCCAUGAACAAAAAUAUGCUUUAAGCUUGCAUUGAAGCAUAAAUACUCUUCAAUCCUGCUAGCUUGUAAAUACUUGUCCGUGUAUGUUGUUUAUUACUGCCACUGAAACGGCGUUCUGCAGGUUGGCAAAUGUUCUCUAUGCA